AGUUUCACUGCGGUAACGACCACUGAUAUCACUGGUCUUGUUUUUCUUAUCACAAACAAACAUAAUAUUAUUAUCACGGCCACAAUAUAUUCUAAUAUUAUGUGCCUACGUGACAAAAUACGUUGCGACGAUUGUUUAAUUUCGUUUUUGUUGUUUAGGAAUUAAGAGCGAUGCUAAAGAGUAAAUGUCACAACAUGUUUCAUGGUUUAAGGUGUUCCAGCUACAUAAUAUUCAUUGUUGUCUGUAAUAGAUGUGCAUUUCUACGUUAUGGUUUGUGUGUCAAAUGUAUAUUAGGCAAUACUGAAUACUCACUAAAACUCAAGCCUACAAAAACUGGUUGCCGCCCGGUAUUGCUUCUAAACGUGAAUGGAGUAAAGUUUAUUCAUAUCCAAGUCAUGUUUUACAACAGAAGACAAAAUAGAAGUUGAUUUGAGAAUUAUCCUCUCUUUUGGCAGCUUGCUUAUCUACACAUUCUUGAUGAUUCAGUUUACUACACACACAUCCAGCUACAUAGCCUAUUACACAAGCCUAAUGAUUCUCCAUUAGUAUAUUUUCAAUAUUCAUUGAAGUGAAAUAUCACUUCAUUUAUUCAAGAACUGAACUGCAUCACAUUCAGAUUCACAAUUUCCACUUUUGGACAGUUCCAAUAAACUAUUGCACGUGCACAUACGGAUCGCUGAAUGAAAUUUUUCAGUGUCAGGAAUUCAAAAUAUGGAUAAUACAUAUAAAAAAAUAUAUAGUGAAGAAAUAUCUUCUACUAGUACUGAGGAGGAACCCAUGGUAAUUGAUCGUGAAGAACCAACUACAUCUUCAAAUUCUUCAUCUAAAGAGUUCAAAUCUAAGAUCUGGGUGAAAGAUCUUAGGGAAAUGAUGGAUGCAGAUAUAUACAAAAACUGGAUUUGCCAAGGUGAAAAUUGUAACAUUGCUAUAACAACAAUUUGCAAUAAAUGUAAAAUGGUGAGAUACUGUUCUGAUGAUUGUCAACAGCGUGACUGGUUUAAGAAGCAUGCAUUUGACUGUGAUGAACUGCAAAACCAAAUUCAGGCACCACCCUAAGAUUUACAUUACAUAUAUAAAUAAUUUCAAUGUGUUAAAUGCGUUAUAUAUGGAAAUAUUUUUAUUAUAAUUUAAAAAAAAAAUAAUGGUUUAUUCCUUGAUAUUUCUUAUGUUUGUAUAAUUAAUAUUAUGGUGUUGAUUAAUGCUAUGGUUAACCUAAUAUG